AUGGGCAUGCCGAACAGCGAUGUAACCAAGGCGAGCGGCAAUGACCCGUACAAGGAGGAGAUCGCCCAGCUUCGCGCAUUGCUGGAGCAGGGCGGCCUCGACGGCGGUGUGCUGGAAGGGCGGUAUUUAAAUCAACUGAAGCGUGCACGUCAGCUGGGCGUGCAGUUAGAGUCGGAAAAGGCACAAAACCGGCAGCUUUUGGCGCGUGUGGCGGCGCUUGAGGCAGAACGGCAGCAAGAAAAUCGCAGCAAAGGCGGCAGCGAAGGUGUGUCGAGGAGUCGUGUGAAGCAAGCAGAGGGUGGUGCAUCUGAGGAAAGUGGAGAACAACAGAACAACAACGCUGCUGGAGCUAUUUCUGCCCUUCGCGAACGACUCGAACGGAUGUAUCUGCAGCUGAACGAGAGUAAGGUACAACUCGACGAGCAAAAGAAGGAAACGCAUCGGUUACGGAAGAUACUGCAGCAGGAGGUAGGCGGUACGCCAGAGGAGCUGGAGGCGAUGUUGAAGAAUACAGCGGAGGGCGGAGGCGGUGGGGGUUGGCGUGGGCGCGCGCAGCAGAUCGUGGUGUUGAAAAGCAAGGUGAAGGAGCUCGAGCGGGCGAUGGCAGCUGCCGCUGCACAACAGGCCAAGGAAGAGGAGGGCGGCAGCGGCAGCAACGGUGGUGGAAAUGCUGAGGGGAGGGCCAUGGGGGCUGCGUCUGUGACCACGGACAUCACAACGGCACGCGGUCUCUUGACGAAUCGCAACCGUGACAUGGACGAUGUGGCGCGGGAGCGGGUGGUGGAGCUGCAAAACCGGCGGCUCUUACAGCAGCGUGAGCUGCAGGACGCCCUUGACCGCCGCGCGGCGGAGGUGGAGGUGCAGAGGCGGCGGGCAGAGGCGGCGCAGGCACGACAUGUCAACCUUGAGGCAGACAAUCGCACCCUCCGCGAGUACCUCCAGGCGGUGAUGGAGAAGACGGAGAAUGACAACGCCCUCAUUGAUGCCUACCGCGAGGAGAUGGACGAGCUUCAGCGGGCCUUGCACGCCGCCAAGGUGGAGCUGCAGGAGUGGGAGGCGUGGGAUGGAAGGGGGCAGUCCAAAGGAGGUGGCGGGGGUGGCGGAAAACCGAAGAGAGGCGAGCCGCGUGUUGGCGCGUACCGACGCGCGAGUACGGAUGCGCUUGAUGCGGAUACAGCAGUUGCACUCGCGGGUGCCGACUUGGCGAUUGAAUUGAACCAUUUGAAGUUGGAGAACGCACAGCUGCGUGGCCAGCUUGCGCGUGUUGCCGCAAUGAAUAACAAUAGUGGUGGUGGUGGUGGUACCGGUGGUGAGAGCAGCGCCACUGUUGAGAAGUCGCACGACGCGGAUGACGACACAGCACUCGUGCUUCACUGGCUGAGGAGUGUCGCCCCUGUCCCUGCAGAAGCCGGAGCAGGGGCAUCAGGGAGUAACGACUGUAGAUGGCAGGCACGUGUGGCAGAUGUUCUUCGCCGGGCGCACGGUGCCGUGUGUCUUUUGGAGCAGCAACGCCAAGAAGAGAACGAUCGGCUUAGUAAGUGCUACGAGAUGAUUCGGCACCUGCAGGACGACGACAAGCACCGUGGCGGAAAGGUUCUGAAGAAGAAUAAGUCUAAUGAAAAGGAGAAGGGAAAAGAGGAUGGGCCUGGUGCGGACACCGAUGAGGAGACCGGGGCAGUGGUGAACGUCAUACUGCAGGAGAACCGCGCGUUGAAGCAGCGUGUCAAGAUGCUGCAGGAGCUGAUGGAGAGUGAGCGGAUGGCGUACGAAUCGCUUCGCACCGCGUCGACUCCAUCGCUGCCUGCAGAAGCAGCAAGAGGGGAGGGAGGAGGGGGAAGUACGGCGGCAGAUCCGGUGGCGUUCCAGCAGCUGCAGCGCCAAUACGAGGAACUGCGCGUUGCCUUCAAUAAUCUUCAAAAAGAGAGUCUUCGACGAGGCGGUGCGUAG